GGAGAGGGGAAACCGUUCAUGGUCUUCCCCACUCCCCGCCCGGUUCGACACCACUGAAGCAGAGCGGCUGCCGAACUCUUAGCCCACCACCACUUCUCUUUCUCUCUCUCUCUCUCCCCUCCUUUUGAACGAGCAGCGGCACAACCAUCUUCACCUGUUCAUCUUGCUCUCCUCUGUUUUCCUGCAACCCGAGUAGACCCAAGCUUCCACAGCACCCGCCGUUGACAGAAACUCUCCCGAUCGUAUCCUUCAGUCCGGUUAGCCGUCGAGCAUCACCAUCACCUUUGGGGGAAGCUUCCGCCCUCGAGAGUCUCAGACACCAGAGACGUCGGCUAACCCCUGUUGAGCAAUAGAAACCAGACACUUGCGUCAUCCCACCGGACCUCGCCAAACGUCACCGGACACCCUUGUUUUGUUGCUCGAACAUUGCUGUCUGAUCCCAUUCACUAUGAAGAAGAAACCAUCGGUUCUCCUUCACCAUUGAUAACUCCACCAAAUUGAGCUGCCAUCAACGAACUGCAUUAGUCGUCCCGCCUUUUCAUUGCAGCAUCGGAUUACCGAUUGAAGGCAACACUGUGAAAUAUUAAACUGAAGGUGGUGGUUGUUCCAUGGCGUAUUUUCAAGGACGGGAUUUCUUGUUCUGCGACUUGUGCGGAACGCUUCUCUCAUUGAAUUCCCGCAAGUAUGCAGAGUGCCCAUUAUGUGGAUUCAAGAGGAGCGGGAAAGAGAUGGCUGGAAAAGAAACAUGCUACACAGUAACUGCUGAGGAUAUCAGAAGGGAGUUAGGAAUAGAACCAUUUGUGAAGCUUGACGGAUAUGAUAAUGAUGAGGAAGAGGUUCAAAGAGCAGUUGUAAAUGAAUCUUGUCCUCGUUGUCGGCACCCCCAGCUUGAAUAUUACACCAAACAGCUACGGUCAGCAGAUGAAGGGCAGACAGUUUUCUACGAAUGUCCAAAAUGUAGACACAAGUUCUCAAUCAAUACAUGAGACUUUGUCAUGGCUUAAGAGUAUGCUUUGGCUUUAGUGGUGACUGAGAUCAUAUACAUGGCUAUUGUAUCGUAUCGGGUGUUGUUUUUUUCUUGAAGGUGAAUAUAGAAAGAGAAAAAUUUUGUACCUUGUUGAUGGGUUUGUUAAGGUGUCAAGCUUUAUCUAAUACAAUCUAUAUUUUCAUUAAUAUUUCAUAGUUUUUUGAAUUGCUUUUUCGGCUGAUAGUUUGUUUUUUCUUUUUUAUGGUCUUUUUGAAUGAAAAUUUCCUUCUAUUUGUUGGUUUCUA